AUGUAUAAUCCUUACCAAGGUAGGUCUGCUCGCGGCGUGAGAAUUGGCGUCGGAGAAAUUCUCGAGAAUCAUGCUGAUCUCCACAUAGCUCCAGGUAUCUAUGGAGGUGCCCCGGAUUAUGGCGCGUACGGUGCUCCUCCGGGAAUGGCACCUCCCGGAGUGGCUGCUCCAGGAACCGCUGCUCCUCCCGGCAUGCAGCAGGCCAACAACCAACAGCCUGGUCGCCCAGGGUUUCCGUCCAACUUCCAACCUCCGGCGAACAUGCCUAACAUCAAUUUCUCCGCUCCCGUUAUUCGUCUAGGAACCUCGGGCCCAGCCAAGGCUGCAGCCCCAGAAACAGGCCGCGAGCGAGGGCCAGAUGGCCCCGGUCGACGCGGCGGUCUUGGAUCGACUGGGAUGGACGCUCAGCGCCACUCAGGCCGUGACACUCUGAUGCCUCUUCAUCCUCCUACCCGCGAUGAGAUUGUGCGCACGCUCUUUGUUGGCAAUAUCACCGAGGGUGUGGGUGGUGAUGAGGGCAUUGAGCGCAUCCUGAAAUCUGCUGGUGUUCUGCGCCGGUGGAUUCGUGCCACCGAUGCCGAUGAGAAGCCCUGUAGAUUCGGAUUUGCCGAAUACGACGACCCGGAGAGUCUUGAGAUUGCGGUUGAGACAUUGAAGAAUGUAGAGGUGCCAGUUAAGAGACAGAGCGUUUCCACAAAUGAUGCCGAGGAAAAGGAGGUUGAAAAGGCUACGCUCAUGGUCAUGGUCGACGAAGGCACUCUAACCUACCUAGAACAAUUCGAGUCUAGUCGCGCCGAACAAGACCCCGAAGAUCGCCAGGCCCGUUUCAGCGCUGCUCGCGCCAAUCUUGAAAACGCCUUGAAGGAGCUCUUCCACCCCUCAACUCCCACUCAAAAGGAAGAUGCCUCUGCCCUCGACCGGGAAGGUGAUACCGAGAUGAAAGAUGUCGAGGUCACGGAAGAUGGCGAUGUGGUUACAAUUCCCAUCACGAUUGAGGACGAGCUGGCUGAUGUUCCACCUGAAAUGCGCGCAAAUGUUGCUAAGGAAAUUGCUUCGUUCCGUGAACGCAGUAAUCGCCGUGAUAUCGAGCGCCUGCGACGUGAGGAAGAAAUUGAGUCUAUGGAGCGCGCGCGCAAUUCUGGAUCUCGCAUCAACCGACUUGCUUCACCUCCAGCCUCGGCUCCCAGUGGCCCUGCCGGUGGUACUAAUGGCAUUCCUCUGGGCCCGCGGGAUCGCAAUGUGCCUAACGCACCCUCUGGCCCUAAGGCAUUUGGCGUGCAGAUCCCCAAAGACUACCAAAAGGGUGUCUCAUUUGUCAAUGGCGGGUCCCUGAACGGAGUCUCGAUUGACCGCGAGGAUGAGGACUCCGAUGCAAGCGAUGAGGAGAUCCACCGCCGCCGACAAGAAAGGCAGGAGGCGGAACAAGAAAAACUCUACAUGGAUCAAGAGCGCCGCUGGCUAAACCGGGAACGCAGCCGAACCGCUGCUCUGGAGCGUGAGAAGAAGCGUGAGAAUGAAGAGGAUGGAAGACUUCAAGCAGCUCAUGACGAAAUGGAAGGGCGUCUUGGCGCCUGGAAUGACGACACCGAAGCCAGUCGCAAGACUGUGGACUACUACGCGGACCGUGGGGCCUGGCUUCGCACUCGUGGUGCAUACCGCUCACGCGAGGCCAACAUUGACGACUCUGACCGUGUCGCGGAAGAUCGCGAACACGCGCAAUCUGCCAAGCAACAGGAGCAGGCACGCGGCAUGGCCGACGACUUCCUCGCCCGCCAGGCAGAGGAGCUCCAAAACCGUCCCGCCGAAGCUCCCCGCGAGCCCCAGCGCUUCAAGCUGUCCCUCGGAGCCGCUGCUCAGAAAGCCCAGGCCGCAACUACCCGUCGCACUGUCGCCGAGGUGGAGGGUCUGCUGGAAGACGAGGAAGAGCCCGAAACUACCACCCGUCGUCAACUCAUUCCUAUCAAGUUCGACUCUGCCGCUGAGGCUGCAGGUCUCACCGAGGAAGAGCGCGCACAGGCUGCCCGCCAGCUUGCGGCCGAGAUCCCCACCGAAAAGGACGGCCUUUGGAACUGGCCUGUCAAGUGGGAGUUUGUGGACGACGCUGUUCUCAGCGAUCAACUUAAGCCAUUCGUGGAGAAGAAGAUUGUGGAGUAUCUCGGUGUGCAGGAGCAGAUGCUGGUCGAUGUCGUGGAGGAACACCUGCGCAAACGUGGGUCACCCCAGGAAUUGGUCGAGCAGCUGGCAGAAGCAUUGGACGAAGAGGCUGAAGUGCUUGUUCGCAAGCUUUGGCGCAUGGUGAUUUUCUUCUCAGAGAGUGAGAAGCGAGGCCUUUCGGCUGUUGGAACUUGCGAUCUACUACCCCAACUAUACACCCCGCAUUUCGACAAUCGACCCACGCCAGCUUUAUUGCUAGCAAUUGACAGCUGCCUAUCUUGCUGCGACUCUUGCUGCGACUCUCUCACAAUGGUCAAGAUCACUGGCUUCAGCACACGCGAUGUGCGCUUUCCUACCUCCCUCGACAAGACCGGUUCAGAUGCCAUGAACGCCGCAGGCGAUUACUCUUCCGCGUACUGCAUUAUCACCACAGACUCAGAACACUCCGGACAUGGCAUGACCUUCACAAUCGGCCGCGGCAAUGAGAUUGUUUGCGCUGCUAUCUCCCUGCUUGCCCCUAUGGUGGUGGGCAAAGACCUCGACGAGCUCACCGCGGAUUGGGGCAAGACCUGGCGGUACCUUGUCUCUGACAGCCAACUGCGAUGGAUUGGCCCCGAGAAGGGUGUCAUUCACCUUGCUCUCGGUGCUGUCGUCAAUGCUCUUUGGGAUCUGUGGGCCAAGACUCUCGGCAAACCUGUCUGGCGCAUUGUUGCCGAUAUGACCCCUGAGGAGUUUGUGCGCUGCAUUGACUUCCGUUACAUCACUGAUGCCAUUACCCCCGAGGAGGCUAUCAGCCUCCUCCGCGAGGUUGAGGCUGGAAAGCAGGAGCGUAUCAAGGAAGCUGAGGAGAGCAAGGCUGUUCCUGCAUACACUACCAGUGCUGGCUGGUUGGGAUACAGCAAGGAUAAGCUGAAGCUUUUGCUGAAGGAGAGCGUCGAGCAGGGAUACCGCCACUUCAAGUUGAAGGUUGGUGGUGACUUGGAGGACGACAAGGUCCGCUUAAGCAUUGCUCGUGAAGCUAUUGGUUAUGACCAGGGCAACAUCCUGAUGGUCGAUGCCAACCAGGUCUGGUCCGUCCCAGAGGCUAUCACCUGGAUGCAAGAGCUCGCCGAAUUCAAGCCCUGGUUCAUCGAAGAGCCAACCUCCCCCGAUGACAUUCUCGGCCACGCCGCCAUCCGCAAGGCGCUCGCCGAUACCCCACACGGCCCUGUCGGUGUCGCCACCGGCGAGAUGUGCCAGAACCGCGUCAUCUUCAAGCAGCUCCUGCAAGCAGGUGCGCUGACAGUCCUUCAACCUGACGCUUGCCGUGUUGGUGGUGUCAACGAGGUUCUUGCCAUCUUGUUACUGGCCCGUAAGUUCGGUGUGCCCAUUGUGCCUCACUCUGGUGGUGUUGGCUUGCCCGAGUACACUCAGCACCUGAGCACCAUCGACUACGUUGUUGUCACUGGAAAGAAGAGCGUCCUUGAGUAUGUGGACCACUUGCACGAGCACUUCGUUCACCCAUCUAGCGUCAAGGAUGGUUACUACGUUACUCCAUUGGAGCCGGGAUACAGUGUUGAGAUGAAGGCUGAGAGUAUGGAUGCCUUCGAAUUCCCCGGCCAAGAAGGAAAGAGCUGGUGGAGAUCUGAGGAGGCGAAGAGUAUCAUUGACGGACCUCGAGUUGUAUAG